CUCAACAAAACCUUUACACCAUACAUUUAAAAGACAUUAAAAUACUUCGAAAUUGACUGUACGUAGAAAGGACACUACUCAUUUUUGAUAAAUGAACGUGAAUAACUGGACUAUUUUGAAGUGUUAGUAACUGGCUUUUAUGUUUCAGCCCAAAACACACUAUGUUUCGUAGCAAAAUCUUUCCGGUUUUAAUUCUGUUUUCGAUUUUGACUAAGAUUACCGACGCCGUAUUAUUUGAUGGAUGCACGAUACCAGACGAUUGCGCGGCUACCCCGAACUCCGUCUGUGACACAGUCGUUUCUGGCUCCUGCGUUUGUUCAGCCGCACAGGGUUUCGUAGCCCUUCCUGAUAACUCCGGCUGUUAUUAUGACUGCGGGGCACUUACGCCUCCAACUGACGGCACUGUAACUGUAAGUGACGACUUUCUGACGGCGACAUAUACAUGUAACAGCGGCUUUCAACUUAAUGGCAACGUUUUGAGGAACUGUGUUUCCGGAGCAGGCGGUGGCUGGAAUGGAGCCGACCCGACAUGUGAUCCAGGCUCACUGGGAGAUGCCUGCGUCGUACUUACGGACUUGUGUAUUAACAUCGGAAAUGGCGCGUGCGUUGCGGGCACCUGUCAGUGUAAUGCCGGUUACCAGGACGACGGGAGUACUACCAACUGCAUCGAUAUCGAUGAGUGUGCUUCUAACCCCUGUGAUAACGGUGGAACAUGUAACAACGAGCUCAACCAAUUCACGUGCACGUGCGCCACGGGUUAUGAAGGCACAACUUGUUUGACUAAUCCGGAUGACUGCGCAGUUACUCCUUGCUUAAACAGUGGCACGUGUACAGACGGACUGGCAACAUACACGUGCGCAUGCGUAGCGGGAUUUGAGGGCGGCGAUUGUCAAACCAACAUUGAUGAAUGCGGAUCGAAUCCUUGUCUAAAUGGCGCCAGUUGUGUUGAUGGCGUUAACGGAUACACCUGUAAUUGCGUGCCCGGAUAUGAGGGGGUCACGUGUGGGACAGAAAUCAACGAAUGUCUAUCUCUAGCCAUCUCGUGCAAUAACGGUGGCACGUGUAAUGACCUUAUCAACGCAUACACCUGCACGUGUGUGUUGGGCUUCACCGGAAGUCUUUGUGACACAAAUAUAGACGACUGUCCGGCGUCGGUGUGUCAAAAUGGCGCCACGUGUGUGGACCAAGUGAACGGGUACGCGUGUAACUGUGUUACCGGUUAUACUGGAACUAUGUGUGCUACUGAUAUUGACGACUGCGCCACAGUCACGUGUGAGAAUGGCGGCACGUGCGUGGACGGGGUGAACAGUUACACGUGCGAGUGUGCGGAUGGAUGGGGCGGCAACUUAUGCCAAAACAAUUUGGACGACUGCUUAACGCAUGCUUGUGUAAACGGCGCCACGUGCGUCGACGUUGUAGCUGGUUACACGUGCACGUGUGUGGACGGGUAUGAGGGUCAGUUCUGCCAAACUGAUACGUACGAAUGCAGCUCUAAUCCCUGUAAGAAUGCAGGACAAUGUGUGGACGAGGUCAACCAGUACACGUGUACUUGUAUCACGGGCUAUACCGGGGCAAACUGCGAGACAAACAUUGACAACUGUUCCCCUAACCCCUGUGCACACGGCACGUGCACGGAUCUGGUGAACGAUUACACGUGCGCUUGUGUCGCUGGGUAUGAUGGGAAAAAUUGUGACAAUGAUAUUAACAACUGCUUACCCUCACCCUGCCAGAACGGUGGCUCGUGCACUGACCUUGUGGAUGAUUACUACUGCGCUUGCGUUGCCGGAUAUGAAGACACCGAAUGCAGCACGAACAUUAAUGAGUGCGCCACCAACCUGUGUGAGCACGGGGCCACGUGCGUGGAUCAAGUGAACGGAUAUGCGUGUCAGUGUGUGCCCGGGUAUAACGGGGACAACUGCGAAACUGAUAUAGACGAAUGUGCCUCCCACCAGUGUCUGAAUGGUGGCCUGUGUCAGGAUCUCAUCAACGGCUACGACUGUGUGUGUCAGACGGGAUACACCGGGACAUUCUGUGAAACAGACAUACAGGAGUGUGCAUCAAAACCGUGCGAUAAUGGUGGCACGUGCACUGACCUCGUGAACGGUUUCUCGUGUGCGUGUACUGAUGGGCACACGGGUAUCACGUGCAGAGCAGGUCUUCUUGGGGACGACUGCAGCACACGGCCGGAAGUAUGCGCAAACAUCCAGAACUCCGAAUGCGCAUCUGGCGUAUGCGCAUGCGUGUCCGGAUAUCUUAAAACUGAUACUGCCGUCUGCUCGAGAAUAGAUUGUGGGACCCUCAGUCCACAGGAAAAUGGAGCAGUCAAUCACGGUGAAGGGACGCUCUACCAAGCGAAAGCUUAUUUCUCUUGCGACACUGGCUACAUACGGAUCGGCCUUUCUUCCGUGCAGUGCCUGGCAAACGGAAGUUGGGACGGUGUAGCGCCAACAUGCGCCAUUGUUUCAUGCCCAACGAUCGAUGCACCUUUGAACGGUACGGUAGUGUUUUUACCGAAUGCUGAGUACCAGGGCAAUGCCGAGUUCGCGUGCAAUGUGGGGUUCUCCAUAAAUGGCGCCACCGCUCGCACUUGCAUGUCUACCGGCACGUGGAGUUCAUCGAGUCCCAUCUGCGUCAUCAACGACUGCGGUCCGUUGACGGCCCCUGCAAACGGUGUUGUUACACAGAGCGGCACAGUAUACACGAGCAUCGGCCAGUACGAGUGCGACAGUGGAUACGACCUGCAGGGCGCCCAAUCUGUUACAUGUACGGCGGCCGCCACAUGGAGUGCUCCGCGGCCUACCUGUGCUAUUAAGGAUUGCGGAGCGUUGACGGCACCACAAGACGGCACGGUGGACGCCUCAGCGGGAACCACGUUCGGUGCGAGUGCUGUCUUCUCGUGCAACACGGGCUACCAGGCGAUAGGGACCACUACUCUGGAAUGCCUCGAUACCGGGGUUUGGAGCGACGUGGAACCAACCUGCGAAAUUAAAGAUUGCGGUGACCCCGGCGUCCCAGACAACGGUUCAAUUGACAUCAGCGGCGGAACAACGUAUGAUUCGGUGGCCAUUUACACGUGCAACGCUGGUUUCGACAUAAAUGGCGUCAACCAACGCACGUGCAGAGCAGAUCAGACAUGGUCGAACCUGGAGCCGACCUGUGAUAGAAUCAGCUGCGGAACUCUCAUUUCCCCAACAUUCGGCACAGUAGAUCUCACAGCUGGCGUAUUGUUCGAUGCGGUGGCACAGUUCUCGUGCAACGAAGGGUACACGUUGAAUGGCGUUACAUCACGCACGUGCCAAGCGGACGCGUCUUGGAGUGGAGCCUCUCCGACCUGCACGAUUAAAAAUUGUGGUCCAUUGACGGCACCAGGCAACGGACAAGUUCUCACCGUGGACGGAACCACGGCCGGCGCGACCGCGCAGUACUCUUGCGAUCUCGGGUACUCCCUAGCCGGCCUCGGCACUCGCACGUGCAGCAUGGACGGCGUGUGGACUGGAUCGCCACCCACGUGUGGAAUACUUGACUGCGGUCCCGUGGCUAGCAUACAAAACGGCGCCGCGACUUACGACCCGGGUACGCUGUACGGAUCUACUGUUUUUUACACGUGUGACGCCGCUAACGGAUACGGAAUAACUGGCGUCUCCAGCCGCGUGUGCCUCGCUACUGGUUCAUGGAGCGGCUCACAGCCUUCUUGCAACCUCCUUGACUGCGGCACGCCCACAACUCUAACGAACGGUUUCUCGGUACACAGCGGAACCAAGGUGGGAGCGACGGCCACCUAUGCCUGUAACUCCGGUUAUGGCCUUGUAGGAGCUGCCUCCGUCUCCUGCCUAACUUCCGGCUACUGGGAUACGCUUCCGGUCUGCCAUGGAGACUGCGGUAGUCCGCCGUCGGUCUCCAACAGCAUGGUGACCACAAAUGCGGGGAUGAUGCUGGUGGGCGGCCAGGCCACCUACACGUGUGAGGAUGGAUUCAGUAUGUCUGGUUCUGCAACAGUCACGUGCCAAGCAUCAGGCGAGUGGUCAAAGGAGCCGCUGUGUUAUGUCGUGACAAAACCAUUUGGCGACGCGUGUACGUCAACGUCACAGUGCGUGACCAGCGCGGCCACGUGUAGGAUGGAAGCUGGCGUCUCCACGUGUCAGUGUGCUCUCACUGGAGAAACGUAUGAACCUCAGAUGGAUGCCUGCCUUAAAGUAUGCCCGACCCUACCAGAAGGCAACCUGCUUUACGGUUCAGUGAUUUUCCCUGAUAUACCGUCUGCCGGUCAGAUUGCCGUGUACUCGUGCGACGCCGGAUAUGCGCUCUCCGGACCCGCCCUCCGCACGUGCCUAACUUCCGGUAUAUGGAGUGGAACUGAACCGGAAUGCACGUUCGGAUGCCCAAUGCCAGACAGCCCGGAGAACGGCUACGUCAACGUGUCAGACGGCAUGGUGGCGGGAAACAAAGUCGUUUACUCGUGCAAGGCGGGGUAUACCCUCGUGGGCGUCAGUGAACGUAUAUGUGAGGACGACUCUACUUGGAGCGGCCUCAUGCCCUCAUGCGCAAAGGAAUGUCCGGAACUGCCGGGGCUAGAACACGGGUACAUCGACAUGUCGGCCGGCACGUGGGAAGGCGCACAGGCCGUGUAUGUUUGCGAGGAGGAUUACGGACUGGUUGGGGAAUCCACUCGCACGUGCCAGUACACGGGGCAAUGGGGAGGCAAAGAGCCGCGCUGCUUAUUUGCAAUUUUCCCCGACAUAAUCCUGGCGUUGGGCAGUCUGUUCAUCUUCCUCGUCCUCGUGGACGUCUUCAUCGUUAUCUUCUACUUCUUCAACAAACACAGACAGGCAAAGGAGGCGGAGUUUGACCGACUCGAGAAGCAGAAAAAGGAGAAAGAGAAUGCUGAUUCUGAUUCCGAUGAUGACAGCUUCAAUAUACCUGCGCCUCGCCCCCAUGUGGGCCCGUACAAUGCGCGUUUCGACAACCGGCCCCGCAUGUACUCCCCCUCACCGUCCGAGGCUUCCUCCACCCACCCGCUACCCAAAAAGACCACCCGCUCCAAGGUGAUCCGAGGCCGCGCAAGCUCCGCUAUUAAAAGCAUUUUCUCCAAGGGCCGGAAGUAUGAACAGGAUAUUGAUGAGAAUGGCGUGACGCCCUACGGUGCCACAGUCUUUCCUCAGCCGCCUGACACCACCUAUACAAAUGGGGAUGGCGGCUACCAAACAGCCAACAGCGAAGACCACAACGAAUCUUUGGACUCGUCCUUUGAGGAGAAUCGCAACUGACACAGUUCUGUUAAUUGUUGACUUCAGUAUUUUUGUUAUAAUUGCUCUUGAGGACAACGGGUUUUGACCAUGAAUCAGAUAUGAACUUGCAGACAGGCAUUUAGUCCAGUUAUUUAUGAUAGAAUGUCUGACAUAAACAAUCAUUUUGAGUGAAGUUUUAAUUCAUUGGCAUGUUUAUAGUGAAAUGGAUGUAUAUUUUAGAUAAUUACAGUUAAAGAAAGUACAUAGCCCAAAUUUCUUACGCUCCCCUUCGUUUAUAAUGCCUUCAUCUACGAUUAAUCCAUAAACUUGAAUCUAAUAUUUAUUUUCGAACUUUAGUAAAAUAUCACUGCAAAUUUGUUCUGUGUUAGACGAAUAUCUUUCGAAAUUAAAUGUUAAAAUCAAUCUUAAGUUUUCAAAUGUUUCAACAAGGUAUCAAUGUCCGCCAUCUUUGUUUACUUGAUGUUAUUUAUAGAUUUUCAAAAGGUAGUGAGUGGUGAAUCUAUAUAUGCAAAACAUCUAACGAUUUUAAAUCAUGGAAGCAACUACAAGAAAGAACCAUCAUGAAUAUACAACGAUAAUUUAGGGCUAAACGCAUUCGAACCAAUUAGAUUUGACUGAAUAGAAAAACGUUUGCUAUUAUAUCAAUUUAUUCACUUCU